AUGAACGCAUCCCCAUCCUGCAAUCGCGUGGCAGCAACCAGACUCGUCACCUCAUGUCAAGACCUCGGAGGCAAGGGAAACACAGAUCCCGACACGAAUCAAGUCCUCGACGUGAUUAGAUCAGUAUACGCUGCUCGACUGGCAAUCUGUGAGCUGGAGAGUGCUGGCGCCGUCGUACCUCAGCCGUGUAUUCCAGUAACGGUCCCGAUUCCCUCGCCGUCAAAUUCGGGUUUCAGAUUCUUUCGGAGAUUCAAGUCUAUGGAUUGCGAUGAGACGUUACUCCCGAAGAAGGACCUGGAGCAGUGUCUCAGAAGCCUUGAAUCGAGGCCACAAUGGUGGACAUCCUACAGCAACAACAGACAGAAUGCGAUGAUCAUCUGCCAAGCGUCUCGCAUCGAGGCAGAGAAGGAGGAGAUGCUGAUCCUUCACCAGUCCCUUGCUAAAAGCACCGUUAAGCUUGAUGAGGGUCUGCAGGAAGCUCUGCGUCGGGCUGCGGAAACCUCAGCAGAGCAUCAUGCAUUCCUUUUAACAGUUCAAGCGCUACAAGAGAGACUCUCGAGUGAGCUGGAAGAGAGGGGAUCGCUCCUCCGUGGUCUUUUGCAAAAUUUCCUCAACGAUAUCGAAGCUGGCUUCGAAACAGUGGCCGCAGCAGUCACUUCGGCAUUGAGCAAGGUGCAGAUGGAGACCUCACUCCUCAGCGAGGUCAGUCUCACCCAACCUGUUGAUUCGUCGAAAGAUAUACUAAUUUCUAUCCAGAAUAUACAAAACACGUCUUCAGAAAUCGAUGUACUGCAGCAGGUCCUGCGAGCCACUUCUGAAGAUACCGCUGCCCGAAGUCAUCAAGCACUACGGGUGCAGCAGGAGGACUCGCUUGUAGCGAAGGAGCUUGCAUUAGAUCUUCAUGCCUCACUACGCUCCCUGGCGGAGACGGAUGUCGCUCAGCUUUCCCAGCAAAUGGCCAACGUUGACGUUGCCUUGCGACUCCAAGCCAUGGAUGCUUCUAUGCACAAAGCCCAAGCGAGAGCAAAUGAGCUCCAAAAGGCCCAACGCAUCCAGGCUGAAGCCUUGACUAUCCAACAACAAGCCCAAGAGGCAAUCAGAUACAACACCCAGGUAUCACAAGCUCUGCUGGACAGAGCCACGACGACAGCCGCCAAUCUACAUACUAUAAUCGACGAAGCGGCAACGAAGUUCAAACAAACCCCCGGAUUGCACCAAGGGGGUCUCUCCAUUUGGACAGUUUGCCUGGUGCUGCUUAUCGUAAUCGGCGCGCAGAAUUUCAAAGCUGCCUUUGGCCUAACAUUCUUCAUUUUCGGUCAGUCUGAAUGGUUUGGUCUUUGCCGUGAUAGUGGCUGA